UCGACAAACCGCCUGUCCACGGUUCCAACCGCGGCGUCCAAGUCGCGUCAAUUAUCCCAUUUGCACGCGCAGCUCGCGCAGUUGACGGCCAAUAUGUCUGAUCUGGAAAACUUAUUACGCAUGACAGCUGUACAAGCCGAGGGUAUGCGCGGUCUGGGUGGAUAUGCUGGUGGAAUUGUCGAACUGACAACUGUUGUCAGGUUCAUGGCGGCGUCGAAAGUGUUGGGUGAAGAGACUGUCAAUGGCGGCGGUGCGGCAGGC